UGUAAUUUUUUUUUCCACAAUGGCCUACGAUUCCCAGCAACCUUUUCGGCAGGAAAUGCGUAACCAGCCAUUGCCAGCAAGUUCAAACUACCUUUUUGGAACCUGUCUGUGUCGCCUGGCUGUACUGCCUUUUCAUUCUAGCCUGUCAGCUGGAAACAUGUUGUCCCUCGCUCUCAGACAACUCACACGGCCGCUGUGCCAGCGAGCCCCAGUUCGUCUUGCUGUACGUAGGCAGCAGUCCCACACCGCUACCCGUACAAUGGAUGAAGAUCGUCCAUGGACGGGCCAGGAGAGCCUGGCUCAGGAUGACCCCGAGAUGUGGGAUCUGCUGCGGAAAGAGAAGGACAGGCAGUGCCGUGGCUUGGAGCUCAUCGCAUCUGAGAAUUUCUGCAGUCAAGCAGCUCUGGAAGCUCUGGGCUCCUGUCUGAACAACAAAUACUCUGAAGGCUACCCAGGGAGAAGAUACUAUGGUGGAGCAGAAGUGGUUGACCAGAUUGAGUUACUGUGUCAGAAGCGAGCCCUGGAGGCCUUCGACCUGGACCCAGCUCUGUGGGGCGUCAACGUCCAGCCAUACUCUGGCUCACCUGCUAACUUUGCUGCCUACACAGCCGUGCUCAACCCCCAUGACCGCAUCAUGGGCCUGGACCUGCCCGAUGGAGGACAUCUGACCCACGGCUACAUGUCUGAUGUGAAGAGGAUCUCAGCAACGUCAAUCUAUUUUGAGUCCAUGCCCUACAAGCUAAAUACUGCAACAGGACUCAUAGACUACGACCAGAUGGAGAUGACGGCCAAGCUGUUCCGGCCCAGGCUCAUCAUUGCUGGCACCAGCGCCUAUGCCCGCCUCAUUGACUACGCCCGCAUCAAAAAGCUGUGCACUGACAUUAAGGCCUACAUGCUUGCUGACAUGGCCCAUAUCAGUGGCCUGGUAGCAGCCAAAGCCAUCCCUUCCCCCUUUGAACAUGCUGACCUGGUCACUACUACUACACACAAAUCCCUCCGAGGAGCCAGGGCUGGCAUCAUCUUCUAUCGUAAAGGUGUUCGCUCAGUGGACAAGAAGGGGAAGGAAAUCCUGUAUGACCUCGAGGACAAGGUCAACUUCUCUAUCUUCCCCUCCCUGCAGGGUGGACCUCAUAAUCAUGCUAUUGCUGCUGUGGCUGUGGCCCUCAGACAGACCCAGAGUCCCAUGUUCAAGGAGUAUAUUGCCCAGGUACUAAAGAACGCCAAGGCUAUGGCUGCAGCUCUUCUCAACAAAGGCUACAUCCUGGUAUCAGGUGGGACUGACAACCACCUGGUCCUGGUGGACCUGCGUCCUAAGGGCAUUGACGGGGCUCGGGCCGAAAGGGUGCUAGAACUUGCGUCAAUCACUGCCAAUAAGAACACCUGCCCCGGGGACAAGAGCGCGCUGACCCCUGGUGGCCUCAGGCUAGGGGCUCCAGCCCUGACCUCCAGACAGUUCAAAGAAGCUGACUUUGUGCAAGUUGUCGAGUUCAUGGAUGAGGGCUUCAAGAUUGCCUUGGAUGUCAAGAAAAAGACAGGAAAGCUCCAGGACUUCAAGGACUUCCUUCUUCAGGACCCAGAGACUGUGGCUCGCAUCGCAGACCUACGCCACCGUGUUGAAGCUUUUGCCAGGCCCUUUCCUAUGCCAGGCUUCCCUGAUCAUUAGGCCUGCCAGGAUGGAGUCAGGGGGCUGUAAGAAAACUGGCCCAGCAGAAAUGUGUGUACGAAGAUGGAAGAAUGUCAUGUUAGUGAAAUGUUGAGUGCCUGUGAAUCAGGAUGACUGAAUGACCUUUUAUCCAAUCAAAUCUGUGAAACCACAUUUUUUAUACUUCUUUACAGUCAUCCAUCAAUCUAUUCUUAUAAAAUUAUGUCCUCUAUACUGCGGUGAAGAAACAAUAUAUUACAAAGACUUUGUAGAGCUGAAGAGCCUAUUUUCUAUUAUAUGUAAAGAUCUUUCUCAGUUGUCUUCACAGCGUUUGUGGGAGCGUGGGAGGAAAAAAACGUCAAAUAAGAAGGAAUGGGCAACAGUUAGUGUCACAGACAAGACUUAAUUAGUUAUAUGAUACACUGAAAAGUCUUAUUGUUGUAAAGAGUCAACUGAAGUCAUUAAUGUAGGUUAUUAUAUUCACAUAGAGAUGUUUUCAGGGUAGCUCUCUUGUCAUUGUCUAUUUAUGACUUCGGGCAGGCACACUAGGAUGCUUUAUGAGGUGAAGGGGCGUUCAGUCAAACAGAGUUGUGUUGGCCAUUAAACAGACAGAAAUAAUCCAGAAUGUCAAAGAUAGCUCUUUUGGAAGUUUGCAUGUUAAGUAUAGAUUUGUGCAACUUGUCUCUGAAGAGAAAGUGUCUAAAUCUGAUUAUACAGAAGGUGGACUAAAUAACGUAACAAUUGAAAAAAAGUCCAAUAAAGAAACACUACAAAGUAUGGUCCAUAAGUGGUGUGCACACAAAAAGCACAUAGACUUCACAAAGUAGAAUUUAAUGGGAGUAUUUCAAUCUACUAUAUGAAAAUCUAGGAGGAUAUUAUUUCUUUUAUUGAUGCUGGUGUGAUCACAGCAAUUAAAAAAAGGUUAUGUAAAUUCAAAUAUCCUGGAUCAAUUCUUACUUUCCUUGAUGUUUACAAAGAGUAUAUACUUUUCUAUAUAUUGUUUAAAUAGAAUUAACUGUGUAAUUAUUGUCUUUUUUCAUGCAUCUUAUUUUCCAAUACCUGAUGAUUUGUAUUAGAAGAAAGACAAUGUGUUCUGCAGCCUGUCUCAUUUCAUUGUCCUGUGUUUCACCUAGUAUUCAGUGAUGGAAUUUGAAGAAGCUUGAUUUUGAUAACAUUUUCAGAGUAUUUUGGUGUCUGUCUGGCUCACAGAUGGGCACUGUUGUCAUUAUCACUGCAUCAGUGAGAAAGCAAGAUUUGUUUGUGAAAUAGUCUUCUAGCACAGCCAAGAACAAGGUGUUAGAAGUGGUGGUGUACCUUCUUAUACUUCCACAACAUAAAGCUUAUAAACUGAACCACAUUCUAUGAAUUCACAUCCCACGUUUUUGACAACGUACGUUGCCAAAAUAUAUGAUUAAGAAUUUUAUUAGUGUUCAUUACCCUGUUUAUCAUCUCUGAUAUGUUGCCAGCUUUUGUACAUCAACACGUUUAAUAACUUUUUAUUUCCAGAACCUUUUUUUUUUUAAUAUUUGUAUUAGCUGUGCAGUAAUAAAAUCUAA